CUCCCACCAAAUCGCAGUCAUUCAAAUAAUCCGGGGCUCGGUCGCUGCUGUUUGUUCUUUCUCGUCGCUUCGACUCGUGGGAUUGGGCACCGACUUAGCGGUGCGGUAUCUUCGGAGGGCACACGUUCGGUGGGAACUAACCGAGCUGUGGGCGAAAUGGCGACCACAUUCAGCCCCUCACCUGCCGUCCUAGCGCAACUUCAGGAAAACACGCGACUGCAAUCAACACUGACUCAGCAGCAAAUACGUGGGGAUCGGCAGCGCAAUGACUUGGACAUACUCCGAAGUCAACAGAGACAACUCCUGGAGAACUAUCGGCAGCUGGAGGAGAGUGCUACGGAUGAGCGCCGCAAGCACGUGGAGGCCGACCAACAGGCACGUGAUGCCAUUGUGAGGCUGACACGAGAGAGGGACCAAGCCAAUGACAUGGUGGAUCAGCUACGUGUGCGGGUGAUGACCCCACAGCAGGAGGACAUGAUUCGCGAGGAGGUUGCCGAAGAGCUCAGAGCGCAAUAUCGCCAGAAGCUAGCCGUACUCCAAGACGAGGUCAGCGAGGCAAAAACGGAACUUGUCCGUGCCCAAUAUGAUGCACAGUUCAUCAAGACAGAGCUGGACCAUGAACAGAAAGAGAACCAGCGCACACUGGUUGACCUGAUGGAGAAGCAUAGGAUCCAGAUUGAACACAUUGAACAAGACAAGGGCACCGCGGCUGAGCGUCUGGAGAUGGAGAAUACGGAGUUCAGCCAACGCUUUCACAUCACCCAGCGCGAGAAUGCACAGCUGAAAGCAAAGCUGAUCAGCAUGGAGAACGAGAUGGAAGAGCGGCGUGCCACUGAGGAGCUGGCAGAGAGCAGACUAUCCGAGACCUUGGAGAAUCAUGAGAUUGUGGUGUCACAUGUCAAGGCUGAACUCAAGGCAGCAGAGGAUUCUAUGGACGGCGCAAACAAGAAGAUACACAACCUGCAGACGGUCAUACAGAACCUGAGGGCAGAGCAAGAACAGGUACGCUGUCAGAAUCGCGAGCUCGAAGCGCAGCAGUUGGAGCAGACGAGCAAACUUCACGGCAUCAAGCGACAGCACAAGAACGAGACUGCCGACAUCCAGCGAAGACAUCAGCAAUCCAUCUCUGAAUUAGAGGACAAAUGCACGGUGCUUGCUGCUGAACUGCGCACCUGGAAGUGCCAAGCGGAUGAGCAGAAGGUUGCUGCGGAACAAGUUACUCAGCAUCUUGGGUCGAAGGAGAAAGAGUUUGGUCUACGCCUGCAGGCGGUACGUGACGAGGAGUGGAAACGGAUCGCUGCUCUCGAGCAAGAGAAGAUAGAGCAGGAGAUGGCAUUGUCCGAAGAGCAAAGGCUUCGACGAGAAGCGGAGGAGCAGUGCGCCGCCACCACUGACUCUCUACGGCAACACCAGCUGGCGUCCGACAAAGAAAAGAAACGACUCGUUGAGGACACGGAAAAGCUGAGGCAACAUGUCUCUCAGUUGCGAGAGCGCCAAGCACAGCUGGAAAAGGACCGAACUUCCUCACGAGAAGUCGAGAGGAAGUACCGUGACCUGCAGCUUCAACACCACAGUGUACAGGCCAAUGAGCAGGAGCUGCAGAGUGGUAACACACAGUUGCAGUCCGCUAUCGUUGUUCUCCAGCAAGAACUUGAUAGUGCCAGACAUGAGCUACAUGCCAAGGAGAGGGAGGGUGAACAGCAGUUGGAAGAGCUCAGGUUAACUAACCAGCAGCAGGACAUACGAGUGCAGGCGCGACUGCAAGAGCUUCAGGCGACGAACACCGACGUGCAGAACAAGCUGCAGCGAGCAGUAGCCAAGGCCAAGAAGAUACGGCAUCAGGGCCAGUGCCGGGAACAAGAACUUCAGGAGCAAAUUGAACUGCUGCAGGCCAGACAGCUGCAUGUGGAGCAGGAGAAGGAACAUGUGCGGAGUCGGAUGCAAGGCGAAAUUGACAGUCUCAAGUACAAACUCAAGGAGCUUCUCCGUCGCCACGGUGAAUUCAACUUUAUCCUGCAUGGCGUUGGACAGCCGGGCAAGGCAAGCCUGCCGACGAUCCCACCGACACCUGGACCACCGCUGGCCAAUCUGGCAGCUAGUGACAGCGAUGCAAAGGAGCCCGCGGCUACCAACGGAGAGCAUGAGCGAGACUUGCGUUCCGUUCACCGUCGCCUCGCACAGCUCUCUACCCGCAAGCCCGCCGCGCAGGCUACCAGCACCGGUGUGGGGGUUGCAAGAAGGACUGGUCUAGCAGCUACCACGACCAUAACGGGUGCCAUGAAAGAUGGCCAUCGGCAACUCGGUGCUUCGCAGUCCAGCGCUGGCUCCAUGUCAUCUCUAAAUGACUUCACCGACGAUAGUCAAGCCGAGGAGCAUUAGCACUUGCACUCCAAGUACAAGUAGUCUCUGCAAGAAUGUCUGCUGAUGUCUAGUGCUCCAUUGCUGACGAUUUCAUUUCUGACUAUGCACAAACUACAUUGUUGAUAAACUCCGUCCUGAAAUGCUGUCGGCACUAUGUCGGGCGGUCGGGGCGGCGUAUUUGAAUGGCACAAUGCGAACAGGCGGUGUUGUGCUUUCUCAACGCGUCACACGAAGAAUCUUGAUAUGACCUUAGGGUGCACCAGAACGUUUAUGAGAUCUCUGUGGAUUGCACAGUGCGAUUAUAUUAUGCUUUCUAAUGCUGGACGUUGAGAAUGGAGCUGAAAGAGUAGGUACUUCUUAUUUUGAAGUACAUGUUUUAAGCUACAUGACAUUGUUGACUGGAACUGACCUAGCUCUGCAUCAUGUUGUACAACUGUUACUCAAAAUAAUGAUAGGAUAUUGAAGUUAGUUUGCCGAGGAAACCCAUCUAGCCAUAUCAGCGGUCAACUUUUUUUUAUUACUUUUGACUGCUAGCUUGGCUGAUGCAACACUUUUGUAGACUAUCGCAUAGAAACAUUAGUUGACGUCGUAUGUGCCUGGAGCAUUCACGCCCUGUAUUGUGUACCUAGCCGGAGUCCACAACUCCCUCGCCAUUCCGUCUUGACCGCUAGCUGUUGAUGUAUAUCCCAUGCUAGAUUGACUACACGACAUUUGAUGUUUUUUUUAUUGUAGUUUCUUGCAAUGAUGCCUUUGCACAUCAGCAAGCUAGAUGCCAUGUUUGUACUCUUGAUAUUGGUUAGACUUUGAACUGAAGUACAAUCAAACCUCUCCUAACCGCA